CUGAAUUCGGUUAGCCUCACUGACGAGAACAAUGGACGUUUCUUACCCCUCUCUAGGAUUACCCCUGGCAAAACCGAGAGCAAGAAAAUGCACGUUUUAUCUUAUUAAAUACGUAUUGUACUAUUAAAUGAGGAAUGAGGUAAAAUGCCUGGAUGGAAACCAGAUUGCUUCAAGUCUGCACAUGAUGAAAGAGAUGGAAAACCAGGCAAACAUAAGUCGUAUGAUGAAUUGGCUGUGGCAAGAUACAGUGACAUACCAGAUGACAGGAAGGGGACCUGUUUUGUGGAGUUGUUUAAAAAAGAAGGCUGCAGCUUGGGACUUACGGUGUCAGGUGGAGUAGACAAAGGUGAUAUCCCAAGAAUCUCCAACCUCAGACCAGGCAGUAUAGCUCACAGAAGUGACCAGCUGGAAGUUGGAGAUCUGAUCAUCUCUGUGAAUGGUAUCCGAACAGCAACGCUUGCACACAAUGAGAUUAUUAAUUUGCUCAAGAAUGCUGGAGACAGGGUGGUACUGGAAGUGGAAUAUGAACUGCCAGAUUAUGCCCCCCAGAACAGCUUCACUGUACAAACCAAGGUGGUGGAGGUCAAACUGGAGAUGGACGACAACAGUUUUGGCUUCACACUGAGGGGCGGAAUAUGCUCAGAGAGGAUCAAGUGUCGCCCUCUGACGGUGACACACAUAAGGCCAGGUGGCGCUGCAGACAGGGAAGGCACCUUGAGGGCUGGUGACCGUAUCCUUGCUGUCAAUGGUAUUGACCUGACAUCAUCCUCUCUACUGGAGGCCCUGGAUAUCUUAUACCACUGCAACCUGGAGGCAGUGUUCAUGGUGGAAUACAAUGUCUCUAUUAUGGAUGCAGUUGAAAAUGCCUGUGGUCCAUUGUUGGUUGAGAUUGACAAAACCCCUGGUGCCAACCUAGGCAUAGUGUUACAGCUGUCCAAUAUCAGAGGAAGACAGGUCAUUUGUAUAUCUCACAUACGCCAAGCUAGUAUAGCAGAUAGAUGUGGGGCCUUAAAUCUGGGUGACCAGAUCCUGUCCAUCGAUGGCACCAAUUUGGAACACAUGACAGUGGCUGAGGCUACCCAGCUGCUCAAGUCCAGUGUGGGAGAGCAGAUCAAGCUGGAGGUGAUACCACAGAGUCAGCUAAGGAGAAGUAUCAAUGCCCUGCCACCACCCAAGACCACCAUCUCCUCCAGUAACAGUUGCUCCAGUUUCGGUACCAUGCAGAAAUACGGUACCUUGACCUCCAUGGGCACCACGGUACCCCCUAACCCCAUGAUGGGUACCAUGGUCGGUACCAUGAGGUCCUCUGUGGACACACUAGGCAGGUACAACAGCGCCACUGCCAGGGGGUCUGCCAGGUCGACAGUCAGGAAGACACAGAGUCUGAAGUGGUCAAGGGAAAAAGAUAGGAAACAGUCCAGCUUGUCGCUGGUGUCAUCUCUGUCAGUGGCACCAACAGGACAAGUGUGCCACCAGGAUACCUUAGAGGUGUCCCUGGUGGCCAAUCAUAAAGGUUUUGGCUUUGCUCUGGAAGGGGGAGUGUUCUCCACAGAGAUGCUGUCAGAGCCACCAGCUAUUAGUUAUAUUGAGAGAGGAGGUGUUGCUGAAAGGAGUGGUGUCAUACAAGAAGGGGAUCGCAUCAUUUCCAUCAAUGGCCAGUUACUGGAGGACAAAAUAAUGGAGGAGGUCAACCAGCUUAUACGAGAAUCAGGGAAGAGAAUUACACUGGAGAUAGAGCUAGAUAUCGCAGAUUCUGUAGUCCCAAGUUGUGGCAUCUUUAAUGUAAAACUUGCAAAGAAAGGAGGCACUCUGGGCAUCACUCUAAGCUGUCCUAAGAAUCGCAAGCCAAGUGACUGCCUUCUGAUAUCAGACGUGAAAAAGGGCAGCGUUGCCCACAGAUGUGGCUCCAUACACCCUGGUGAUAGCCUACUGGCUGUGGACAACAUACGCCUAGAGACAUGCUCACUGGAUGACGCAUAUCAGAUAAUACAGAACUCUGGUGAUAUUGUGACUUUGAGAAUACGGAAGGAUGAGACUUAUGGAGAUGAGCCCAGUCCAGAGAUGUCAGUGACAUACACAGUGGAGUUACAGAGAUAUGGCGGACCACUGGGAAUCACAAUAUCUGGCACAGAGGAGGCAUUUGAUCCCAUUAUUAUAUCAGAACUUAGUGAAGGAGGACUGGCGGAAAGAACUGGUGCCUUGCACAUUGGUGACCGCCUUCUCGCUAUCAAUGGACACACAUUACGAGGUCGGUCCCUGUCUGACGCCAUACACAUGCUACAAAAUGCAGGGGAGACUGUCACUUUAAAAGUCACUCGCCCAACCAGUGCCUGCACAAGACGAAGACACAAUGGAAAUGAGCAAGGAAGACAACAGAACCUGUACAGACACAGUUACACUGACCGCUAUGACCACAAUGUCCCCAGUGUGGACAGUGCUGUGGAGUCGUGGGAUGGCUCAGGGGCAGAAAACCCACAUUUAAAACCAGUGCUGCACUCUAGUGGAAUUGAAAGCAGUGCCACAACUAAGAGUCCCAUAUCAACACAUUCAGGUGUUUCAGGUAAUUCCAACAACAGCAGUCGUAGAAGGCAAACAAAGGACAGUGAUGCUGAUGAGUGUGACUCUGACAAGGAGCUCCACAUUUCUGAGGAUGAUUGGGAACACAACAACUAUCCCAGUUACGCAAACAAACAUAGACAACGUUAUAAUGAUCGAACAUUUCAAGAUUCGACCAAUUUCAACCAAUCAGAUCUACUGAGGCAAAUUGAUGACACCAUGAUGUUGAAAGAAAUCCACCGAGCUCCCAGCAGCUCUGGCAGCAUUGAGCGAAACAGGGACCCGUCCGACUUGUCAUCCUUACAAAAAAACAAUUCCUUAAUCUCAUAUGACAAUAGUUCUGUUGUUCCUAAGAACUUCAGAUCUGCAGAUAGGGGGCAGGGCAAUCACAGGACCAGCCAAGACAAUGUAGCUCCAACACCUGUUGAACUUCAUAAACUGACUCUGUUCAGGGAGCAUGGGGAAGACUUUGGGUUUUGUCUGUCAGAUGGAUUGUAUGAAAAGGGGGUGUUUGUCAGCGCAGUGCGGCCUGGUGGACCUGGGGACAGAGCUGGGCUCAGAAUUUAUGACAGAAUUUUACAGGUAGCCACCACAAUGACCAGAGACUUUGACUGCAACUCCACUGUUCCAUUGAUUGCUGCUGCUGACACUGAACUUUUUGUAGUAAUAUCAAGAAACCCAUUGUCCCAGAGCAAUGAUGGAGGGGGUGCAAGCAGCUCUUGGCAGGGCUUAGACAAUGAGUUGGAUGAAUUAUCCAGAAGUAUGAAGUCCUCAAAAACUGUUUGAAAAAAGUUGUGGAGGACUUCAUAAAAAUAUUCUUAAUUUACAGGGUAAAGUUUAUGAACAGGAGGGAAGAAAAACUUCCUCUAUAUUUUCCAUAAGGAUAAAAUUUCAAUAUGUACUUCUUAACAAGCUUUUGUUUUUGAUAUUUAAAAGAGCAUAUCACUGAUGUGCUAGAUUAUAAACAUUUUGCACUAUCAAUGGUUACUUCGUCACUCAAAAGGCCAAGCAAAAUGGAAUUUGUGUAAGAUAUUGAUCAGUUAUUUCUAAUCUAUCUCUCAGGAAACCCUUUUAUUGGUGCUCAGAUUUUGUCAUAAAUCUAGUCUUUACAGCUGAAAAAAAGAGAAGUAUCGGAGGGGAGUGGACUACAUUAAUGGCCAUUCCUUUUAUUAAUAAUAAUCCAGGAUUUGUUUGGUGUGUUUGGAGCAGUAUCAAAAAGAUGCAUUUAAGAGUUUCUGCUUAAGUUUGAAAAGAUAGCUUACAAAUACCCAACAUGAUUACAAUAUUUGCUGUGCAAUUAACAUUUAGAAGUGAAUCAUUAUUGGCAGAAUUGCAAACGAUGCAUAUAUUAAUGUCCAAUGAUAUUGACAUAAUGGCAAAAAUGCAUAUAAUAAUGUCCAAUGAUAUUGGUAUAAUUGCAAAUAUGCAUGUAAUAAUGUCCAAUGAUUUAAGAGAUAUUUUGUACUCUUUUCAAUUUAUACUUCACAACUCUCAGAGGAUGUGCCUAUGCGGGACUUUUUACAUGCACCAGCAUAUGGGCAUAAUACAACGGAAAAUACAGAGUACCAGUACAUAUAUAUUCACAAAAUAUAAACUUUUUUAUUGCUUUGUGUUUUGAAAAUAUUCUUUGUAUAUUCUUAUUUUAUUGUAAAUUUUUCCAUUUUCUUUAAAAUACUGAGCAUUUGUAUGUGCAUUUCUGAUC